UCGGUACGGCCAUGCAUCGAAUUAUCCCGCUUAUUUUGACUCUACUUAUUGUUCAAGUGGUUGGUGUGCGAAUCCAACCACGGAUAGUAGGUGGAGUAAAGACUAGCAUUCGCAGCUAUCCCUACCAAGUGUCUAUUUCGGCAGAUGGUAAUCAUAUUUGCGGCGGGGUUAUAAUUCGUGUGCGCACCAUUCUUACGGCAGGACAUUGUGUGCAUCGCCGAAGACCCUCUUCAAUCACCAUCCGGGCAGGGUCAGACCUUAGAACCAGCGGCGGUACCGUGAUUACAGCAAAAAGUUACAGAAUUCACCCCAGAUUCAAUAGGAAGACACUGAACUUCGAUCUGGCUAUGAUCUACUUGGAAAAGCCUUUGCCGUUUAAUUCGCAAAUCAAAGCUAUUCCAAUCAACAUGCAGCGUUUACGGAGUAAAAGAAAAGCUGUUGCAACUGGUUGGGGAACUACCAGUGAACGAGGCCAACUUUCAAACGUUCUUCGGAGUACACAAGUGAACAUUUUAUCUUUUAGACAGUGCAAACGAGUAUAUAGAAGCGCAUUAGGAAGCAGUAUGUUUUGUGCCGGAAGAAUGGGUGGUGGCAAGGAUACUUGUCAAGGUGAUUCUGGUGGGCCAUUGGCCAUGAAUGGCUUACUGAUUGGUAUCACAUCUCAAGGAAAUGGAUGUGGAAGAAGAGGCUGGCCUGGGAUUUACACAAAGAUUGCUUACACGAGGAGGUGGAUCAAUAGGUUCGCCUAAAAGAUAUUUAUGGCUACAAGGUUGGAAAAAUUAAAGAUUUUGCAGUAUA